CCUCCAUGCAGGGGUCACGGGCGGGUUCUCUGCCCUGUGCUGUGUGGGAGGUUGGACAAUGGUCUCUUCUGCCUGCAACAUCUAUGGCCUGUGUCUUCAAAUUUCCUAGUGAUUUGGGGGCCAGCUUGAGUCACCUUAAAGAUGUUCAGGAAGUGCCGAGCACCCCUCUUGGAAAGCCAGGCUCCUUCAAGGGCUUCCCACUUGCCCACUCAAAGGAUGAGUCACUCUGGAAAAUGGCGUGUGUGCAGCCCUGGCGGGGAGACCUGGAGCUUGCACUUAUCUCUGGGUCUCUUGGUGCCAGAGGCCUCCCAUCCCAGAGCUUGGAGGGAACAGUUACUCGCUCUGGCAAGACACCCGCGCCCCAGGAAUGUUGGGUUCAGUUCCAAACACCAAAGUACUAGAACAGGUUCUCAAACGGGUUCAGGAUCCUCAGGGGAUCACAAGCUGUCAGCCUCCAGCCCAAACCCUGCUUUGCCGCCAGCAUUUAUAGUAGUGUUAAAUAUAUAAAAACAUGUCUUUAAUUUAUAAGGGGGGUUGCUCUCAGAGGCUUGUGAUGUGAAAGGGGUCAGCAGUACAAAAGUCUGAGAACCCCUGGACAAGAAAGACAUGGACAAACUUGAAGGAAUUCAGAGAAAGCAACAUGAAGGCACAGCCGUAGUCGGCUGGGUCUGAGGAAGAUAAGAGCUGAGUCUGUAUGUGGUCAAGUGACCACUGGGAGGGGAGAAUGGUCUGCAGAUGUUGGGAUGGGGCAGGGGUAGAGAUGAGUGACUUGGAACAGAGCUUCUGUGUGAGAGGAGUGGUGCUAUGGGUAAAGAUGCUCAGAUUUUGCCACAUGUGUUUAUCCUGUUAAGGAACCUCAUGUGUAUCUGCCAGGCAGAGGCACUGCUGCAAAUCCAGGCAGCACCUCUCCCAGCACCCUGGAAACAGUUUUUGGUUCCUAGUGGAAUGGGCAAAAAGUUUCUUUAUCUGUCCCCUGGACUCAUGCUCAGAUUCCUUCAAUUCGCCAGAGAGCCUCUUGGACUGACUCUCUGUUACUGAAUGGCAUUAACUGGAAUCAGAUCUGGUACAAUUGUGGUGAUGAUCUGGACUUCGGGAACUGGAGGGCACUUGCUGCUCCCACGGCAUUGGCUCCCGUUCGGCACUCGCAAGUUUUCCCUUUCCUCUCCUGCCCUCAGAGUGAGUCCUUUCUGCGUCUCCCUCUCGCUGUAGCCUGCCGUGUUGGACAAUCUACUCAGCUCCAUGAAGUUGGUUCUCCAUGGCAUGGGGAUUCUGCACAUCUACCUGACAAGCAGCAAGAAUCAGGUGCAUGCUUGCUCCGUGCUGUCCUGCAGUCACUGUUUGGAUGAGACCCAGAUGGUGCUUCCCUGGGUGUCAGAUGCUCUGUGCUGCCCCUGGGCUGAUGCUGGAGUGCAAGCAGCAACCGGGAGAGGCUACAAAUAUGGGCUCAAUGACUCUGCACUCUAAUUACCCCAGGCAGCUGCAUUCUGGCAGGGAGAGUGGUCCCUGUCGGUGGAGGCUCGGGAGUGGUUUGGGACCCCCCCACAACAGCUGUAAAGUGACUAGAGCUGGAUCAACGGCCGGGGAGAACGAAGACAAGAGCCUGCUGCAGACUCUGUGGUCUCUGCCGAGCCUGCCAGGCAGCAGUGGUUUGUAGGGGGAUCCUGGUCCAUGAUGUUCUCUGCAGCCUCCCAGCCUGGAGUGGGGCUUUCUCUCCUGAUCGGUGUCGGUUUCUGCUGCCUCUGUCUCUCCAGUUGUUCUUGGAAGUUGUGGUUACUGUAUGGCUCCGCUGAGGCCCUGGCUUCCAGAACGCAUGCAGUUUCUUUGAGAACAUGGAACGGCUCGUCCAUCCCAAGUUCCGGCCGACGCCAAGUGACGUGCUUCGUGUCCAACUGCGCACAAGUGGCGUCGUUGAGACUCACUUCAGGAUCAAGGACCUGGCGUUUCGGUGAGAUGCGUGGCCAGCGUAUGAGACUCACUGGGAAUCGGCUUCAGGAAAGCAUGAAGCUUUUCUCCUCUGUCUGCAACAAUGUGUUCUUCCAAAGCACUUCCCUGAUCUUGUUUCUGAAUAAAAUCGACCUUCUCCAAGAGAAGAUCCUGCACCUGGGGAGGCUCCUGUGUCUCUCCUUUCCUCAGUACCCAGGUGCAGACUGUGAUGUGGGUGCUGCAGCCCGAUGUAUCACCAGCCUCUUCCUGUCGUGCAGUGAGACCCCCCAGAAACUGAUCUACCACCACGUCUCCACCGCCACAGACACAUGCAGUGUGCAGGGUGUAUUCCACGUGGUGACGGACACCAUCGUCCAGGAAAACCUGGAGGCAGCCGCUCUGCUGUGAAGCGCAGGCUGGGGAGCUGCAGUGCCAGGGGCUGCUUUCUGCCUCUGCGAUUCUGGGGGGAGGCUUGCUGCUAGAAUUCAAGUGAGAUGCCGUUUGCUACAGAUAGGACUGCUGACUGGGCAGGAGAGGGACAUAUGAUGGCAUCAAGGGGCCUGCCUGGCUCCUGGCACCAUCAUCCCUAAACCUUCUGUUCUUCUGGGACUAGCUCCUUCUGCUUGGCUCCAUCUGGGAUAAGGACCUCUUCCCUCCUCCCCCCAACAUUGUGCCCAAGUUGAGGUAGCACUACCCCAUGCAUGGUAACUGUAAGCCAGGGGCUCUCAAACUUUUUUACGGGUGUCCCCUUUCACAUCGUGAGCCUCUGAAUGCAACCCCCCUUAUAAAUUAAAAACCUUUAACAUAUAUUUAACACCAUUAUAAAUGCUGGAGGCAAAGCAGGAUUUGGGGUGGAGGUUAACAGCUCACAACCCCCCCAUGUAAUAACCUUGUGACCCCCUGAGGGGUCCCGACCCCCAGUUUGAGAACCCCUGCUCUAAUCCCUAAGGGGCAGGGCUGAGGUGGGGUGUCUGGGGUUGUACAUGGGCUUUGAAUCUCCCAUUUUCCUCUGCAUGAGGCACUGCAGCAGCUCCUGCCCCCAGUCUAUGCUGUGUCCUGACAGUGCCCUGGUUAAAGACAGGGGAGUUGUGGGCUGGCUUGUUGCCUUUCAGCAGCACCACACUGAUCCAGUUGGAGGCAGGCUCUCUGCAGGAGCAGUUGGAGCCUCCAAUUUAAAACCAAGGGCUGGCCUCCCCCACACCUACCCUGGGCCCCUGGUGCAGAUCAAGCUAGGAUGGUCAGUAGGCCCGGGGGCUCGGCAGAGGCUCUGUCCCACACUCCCCACCCCUUUUCAAUUAAUGGGGCUGGGGGGAAGCCCCCCUUGCCCACAGGAGCCUGCUGCCUUCUUCCAGACUUCGGGGGGUGGGGGGUGGGAGAAAGGCCUGGACCCAGACUUAGCCCAGACCCCUUGCGAGAAAUUCUGAGCUCCCUGCCACUGCAGUGAGAGAUGUAAAUAAAUGCUGUUUCCACCCCCA